ACAUGUUCAUGCUUUCAGAAAAUUGGUAUGUUUCAUUUCUAAGAACCAAUCCGAAAUGCACAGCAAUAUGAUUAUUCUGACAAUAAGUUUCCUCUUCAUCUUUUCAUUACAAGGAUGUUUGGCUGAAAGCAAAGUUGAAGCAAAUAAAGUUGUCCAAACUCAAGAUGAACCUCAAGCUGUUGGACUGAGUAAAAUAACCUCUUCAAGAAAGAAGCGUUCUACUGGUGAACAAUGUGAACACAUAACUAUAAAGCAAUGCACUAACAUCAACUACAAUAUGACCAUAAUGCCUAACUCCCUAGGGCAUUUUGAUCAAGAAGAAGCAGGAAGGGGGAUUAUGACAUUCAACCCUUUGAUUAAGACUCAGUGCUCUAGAUACAUUCAAUAUUUUCUCUGUACUGUGUAUGCUCCUGUAUGUACUGUAUUGCAUGAACCUAUUCCACCCUGCAGGUCACUUUGCCAGGCUGCACGAAAUGGAUGUGAAGAUCUUAUGAAAAAAUUUGGGAUGGAAUGGCCUGAUAAUCUAGAUUGUGACAAGUAUCCUCGUGGUCAAGAGGAAUUGUGCAUAACCAGAUUUAGUGCACCUAUACUCCUUCAUUCAGAUAAAUUUGAUGAUAAACUUACCGAUGAAUUUAUGCCUCCAGAACAAAUAAAUCUGUCUCAGUUGAUGAGAUACAUAUUUAUAAUGAUGUUUGAGAGUACUGUUGGGGAUAUCCUUAAUCUUUUUGAUUUCCACAUUGAUUUCUGAUUCUGUAGAAGGAAAGUCUAUGAUGCCUAAUGUAUCCCCCAUUCCUCUGAGGUUCAUUUAUCAUUAAUGGAGGGGGUGCAGCUGGGUCAUAACCCUACCAUACAAGGUUUCCUCUUAUAUUUUAAGAUAUGGCAUAUGUUGUAUGCCAUGUAAGUGUUAAAAAAGAACCUAGAGCUUUUCAUCUUUUUGCUGAUAAAUAAAUUUCUCAAUUCUGUUAAUUUUUGUGCUUUUAUUUAUCAAAAUAGUCCACCAAACUAUUAAUCUGAAUUUUACAAAUAAAUAUCUUUAAGGCA